AUGGCCGACUUCGCCGUGCAACCACUGCGAGAGAUCGCCUCAGAGCUGGAGUCCUCCAAGCUGGAAAAGGUCUGGAUACUUGCUGAUCGUACCGACUUUGAGAGCCCCUAUGUGUACUACUGCCCAGUCCCUGACAAAGGAGAUGAACAGCGGUCGCUUGGUCUUAAAGUGCUUUUCGCGCGUGCUGCAACGAUUGCUGCUGCCAUCGUGGGCACAUCAACGCUUCGAGUCGUGUGUGAACAAGAAGACACAUUGACAUCGCUGCUUGCACUGUUUGCAGAACAUCCUGCGCUGGCAGAAAAUCUAGCUCAGUUCGGGCCACUUCACAUUACUAGAGAAAACGACACGGACAAGAUCGGACAGUUGCUCCAACUUCCGUUCGGAACGCGAAGCGUUCCCGCACCGAUUUCCCAUCACCUGGCCGCGGAGCAACAAGUCUUCGUUGGAGUGGACUACGGCCGCUCAGACAUCAAAGUGGCAGUGCUGGAUAUCGCAGGGCAGUUGGUUGGCAAGUAUGUAACACGAUGGUGGAUGACAUCCGAGUCUGGAGAGGUGACAUACGUCGAUCCCCAAGUGCUGACAUGCCACAAGAUGCACAUCAGCAACCUUGCGGAAGCUGCAAUGGCAGCUCUGGCUGAGGUACCCAACUGCGACACAAAGUAUGUAUGCGGAUUGGGCCUGAGUGCUGCUGGUUGCGUCAAGAACGGGAAGUUGUGCGGCAUCCCCCCUGCCAUGGAUGGUGUUAAUCACGAGGCAGCCCAGCAGGACUUGGAAAUGUUGGAGAAGAGAGUCUUGAGCAGCAUCCACGAGCAGCUUGAGGUCGAUAAAGAUUGCGUGACUGCCCUGGUAAAUGAUGGUGAGGCUUCAGCUCUGUAUGGAGCUGAUGGGCUGGCACAAGGUCGAGUGGGACUGUUUCUGUCAUGCGGAACAGGACUUGCUGGAGGCAUUGUUUGGAAUGGCCAGUGCAGUGAGGGUGUCCUGGAGCUGGGAAAGCUCAUCAUGGGCCUUCGGAACUCCGAAAGCUUAGUGGCUGCAUAUGGGAGCUGUUCGGCUGUUUUCGUGCAGGAGGUCUCCAGCAUUGACCUCAGAUGGGCGAUGAAGGUGGUUCCACAGGAAGUGAUCACCGGAAAAGCUGAGCAAAGAGCUGCAUUGGUGUCAAUGCAGAAGAACGACGUUGACGAGUCCUCUCGAGGUGUGUUUGAGUCCCUCGGGAAAUGGCUGGCUCGUUUCGUGCUGGAGCUCAACCAUUACCUGCCGGCCCCGGUGGACUACGUUGAGGCCGGCGGCAAGGUGACCGAUGGACCCACCGGGCGGGUGAUGCUCGAUGCCUGCCAAGCAGAGCUCUGGGCACAGGGCGCCACAGCAGAGGUUUGCAAGGCUGCAGACAGUGAGUUCGGGCAGGCGAUCGCCGUAGCAAACUUAGUACGCCCUUCAGAACUCUAA